AUGCCAUCUAACGAUAUUGCUCCUGCUAUUAACGAAACACAACCAUCUUUUAAUCUGGAUGAUUAUAAAAUUAUUGUUGAGGGAUCUACUUCAAUUUUAACACCUAAAUCUGAAGCUGACGUUUUCUAUAAUCCUGUCCAACAAUUCAAUCGAGAUUUAAGUGUUACCUGUAUUAAAGCAUGGGCUAACUUGUAUUUGAACCCAAAACAAGAAGGGAAAGAAGAUAUUGAGGAACCUGAGUUGAAAAAAAUCAAAAUAGAAGAGAAAGAGUAUAUCAAAAAAUUUACGAUUUUGGAAGCAUUGAGCGCUACCGGGUUGCGUGCCAUUAGAUAUUCUAAAGAAAUCCCUAAUAUUUCUAAAAUUGUAGCUAAUGAUUUAUUACCAGCAGCUGUGGACACAAUCAAAAGAAAUAUUGAAUAUAACAAAGCUUCAACGAAUGUUAUUCCUAAUUUGGCCAACUGUAAUGCGGUUAUGUAUACCAAAGAAUUUGAUUGUAUUGAUUUAGAUCCAUAUGGCACAGUGGCUCCGUUUAUCGAUGCAGCUAUUCAAUCUAUUAAAAAUGGUGGGUUACUAUUGGUUACGUGUACUGAUUUGCAAGUAUUAGCUGGACAAACCUAUCCUGAAAAAUGUUUUGCUUUAUACGGUGGAUCCAAUUUGAUGGGACAUGAUGCCACUCAUGAAAGCGCAUUGAGAUUGGUGUUGGGAUUAAUUAAAACAACAGCAGCCAAGUACGGGAAAUAUGUUGAACCUUUACUAAGUUUGAGUAUUGAUUUUUAUGUAAGAGUAUUUGUUAGAGUUCAUAACAAACCAAUUAAAGUCAAGGAUAAUAUGAGCGAGCAAAUGAUUGGAUACAUGUGUCAUGAUUGCGAUAGUAUUGUCAACCAAUAUUUAGGUAAAAGAGAGGAACGCACCAGUAAAAAGGGGAAACCCUAUAUAAAAUAUGGACUGAGUAAAGCGCCAACAAGUAGUACUGAAUGUAAAGUGUGUAAAAGUGGAGUGCAACAUUUAGUUGGUCCAAUGUAUGGUGGUGCCAUUCACAAUAAGGAUUUCAUUAAGGAAGUUUUAAGAAUCAAUAAAGAGGAACAUGAAGAUAACAUUUAUAAAACAAGAAAAAGAAUUGAAGGCAUGUUAACUUUAGCUUAUAACGAAUUACCUGAUACUCCAUUUUAUUUUUCUCCAAGCAAGCUAUCAUCCAUUUUAAAGAUUUCAGUACCAAGCUUAAAGUAUAUUGUUGCCGGAUUAGGAAGUUUAGGCUAUGAAUGUUCUUUGUCACAUGCACAACCAUCUGUUUUAAAAACUAACGCGGAUUGGAACACUAUUUGGUAUGUUAUGAAAGAAUAUGUUAGAAUGAAGGAACCUAAUUAUAAAGUGGAAAAAUUGAAUGAGAACGCUACAGGUUAUAGAAUUAUGACUAAUGAGGAUAUUAAAUUAAAUGAUAGCACUAAAAGCAUUAGUUUUGAACCCAAUGAUAUGAGUUAUAAAAUAGAAAAGCUAAGAAAAUUGAAAAUGGUUAGAUAUCAAGAAAACCCAACUAGAAAUUGGGGACCAAAGGCUAAACCCAAUUAA